AUGGGGUGUGUGACGGCAGCGGAGGUGCUUUUAACGGGGACGAGGGCAGCCCGUUGGGUUCAGUACAAGGAGUUAUGCCCGGAGGGAUGGACGGCGACGGACCCGCCGCGUUUGGCGCUGCUAUGGCUGGUGAAAGGAGACCCGCGCCGUCCUACGGAUGCCCUAGAGGUGUGUUGGGUGCUCGUUCGUCCGUCUUCGCGUCCCUCCCCUCCUCCUCCUCCGGUUUUGGUGCCCUUCCCUCUGAUCUGCCGUCGCCGUUUCCCUCCGACUUGCCCCCCGCGCUGUCGCGUUUCCCUGAGAGGGGGAAACGCGCGGGGUUGGAGGGCGCGGGCGCGGACGAGCGGGGGAUUUCUCCGCGGAGUGGCGCAUUCACCGGACGCUCGAGCGGGAACGAGUGGGAAGAGGCUGUUUUUGCGCGGGGGGGAGGAGGAGAGGGCGGAAGCACGGUUGCCGCGCGGGCGCGGACGGGAGAAUUCGGCGGACGGGGAACGCGCGCUAUUCGCCCGGCCGAGAGACCGCGAGCCGGCGAUUGGGCGGGGGAAUAUCGGCCGAGAGGCGGCAGCGGCGGCAGGAGGCGGAGGAAGCAGCAGAGGGAAGUUUGUUUUCGGAAGGGCAGGAACGGCAGGAACGGAGAAGAUCAAGGUUCAGAUCGGUACUGCUUGGGGAGCAGCAGGCCGUGAUUUUGACGCGGAGGUUGAGGCAGAGGCAGAGGCCGGGGUGGGUGGCGAGCGGAUGGGAUGGGAGGAAGGGGGGAACAGCGGAGCGUGGGGUUCUGAGCGUGAGUACGAGCAUCAGCGGGUGCGGCAGCAGGCACAGCAGAAGCAGUUGCGCCGGCAGGAGCAGCAGCAGGAGCAGCGGGAGCAGGAGGGGAGAACGAUGGAGCAAACGGAAGCUGCGUUUGGCGAGGAGGAUCGCUGGGGUAAACGACAGGCUUGGUGUGGUAACCCGGUUACUGCAGGCCCGUCAGGCUCAGGCAUGGAGGCGUACGGCGAGGAGAUGGAGGCGAGAAACGACAGGUGGGGGAAACGACCAUCGCGCAAGUCUAUAGAUUCGGAGGAUUUGAGCGCCGGAGAGAGGGGGAGAGUGAGGGACGUGAGAGGACGCAGAGAAGCGGCAGCGGCAGCAGCGGCGGCGGCGGCGGCAGCGGCAGCGGCGGGGGCGGCGGGUAUGGAUAAUCUGGGUCGCAUGGGGGGUGGGGCCGCCUGUUUGGAGGAGGAUGUGCCGGGGGUGGGUCGACUUGGUCGUCUUGGCAUAGACUUUAUGCCGGAGGCGGAGGCGGAGGCGAUGGGUGUUGCAGGUGGGGCGGUGGGCAUGGGUAGAAGCCCGAGGGAGUAUGGCGUGCAGGGGGGGAGAAAGAGGAGCAUGUCGCCUGGAGGGAGGAGUGAGAGGAGCGGCAACAGCAGCAGCAGCAGCAGCACUCGCAAGUGGGACAGGAGGACGGGCGGGGCGAAGAGGAGCAGGACGAGCGGGAUGAGCCGCGGCGACAGCAGAGGGGGGCAGCACAGGGACGCGUUCGGCCGUCCACCUCUACCCACCCACCAGCGACGCCCCUCCAAGUCUCCUGAACUCGUCACUCGACGCACCACCUCUGCUUCCCAUUCUUCCGCCCCUCGCUCCCCCCACUCCUCCGCCCCCCGCUCCCCGCUUUCCUCCGCCCCCCGCUCUCCCCACUCCUCUGCCCCGCGCUCACCCCUCCCCCACACGUCCCCCGCGCUCCGGACCACCUCACCCAUCCCCCGCAUGCCGUCCCCCUCUAUCUCCCCCGCCCCCUCUGCCGCCCCUAGCAGCGCUUCCCCCUCCCCCCGUCCCCUGGCGCUAUUUGAGCGCAUCACCCGCCGCCGCCAGUCUAGCCCCAGUGGCGCGCGCCCCCCGUCCGCCAAUAGCAGGCCCCCUAAGUUCCCCGCGCGCGCCACCCCUCCCGCUGCUUAUAGCGGAGAGGGCGAUGGUAGGGAUUAUAACGCAUAUGCCCAGGCAGGAGGGAGGGGAGGGGGUAGCCGAAUGGGGAGUGAGGGGGGUGGUAUGGUGGGGAUGAGGGAAAGUGGUUAUGAUGGAUGUGACUAUAAGGAGGGGAGCAGAGGGAGCGUGAGGGAGACGGGGUGGGGCGUGGGCGGGAAGGGAAAACGGCAGGGGAUGAGGAGGGAAGAAGCAGAGGCACCUCUCCAAACCAGCAAUACCUUCCCCUCCUUCGCAUCGCCCUGCCCUCAAGGCCUUUCCGAUGCCCCAGCCGUUUCUGCUGUCUCUGCUGCCAUUGCUGCCACUCCAAAUGCCCCUGCGCCUGGCACUCAGUUGCCAGGUCUUCCCACCAGUAUAAAUCCCACUAGCGCCCUCCCGAACCCCCUUCUUCCGAACCAGUUCCUGCCGAACCAGCUCCUCCCGAACCAGUUCCUCCCGAACCAGCUUCUAGCCCCGCCCACUCUCUCCAUCCCUCUCUUCCACCCUCUCUCAGGGCCGUCAAUGCAUCUCAGGGCAUUAGUAGGCCUACAGGCAGAGUCCCAACAGAGCAACUCCGUCUCUCUGCCUGUUGGAGGGGCUUCUUUAGGGGUCUCCCCGGCUGGAGGGGGGUUUUUCUGCGGUGCCCCUGGCACGGCGGCGGCUGGAGGGUGUUUAGCUGGUGCUGCCGCAGGGAUGGCGUCUGGGGCCCUGGGGCUUGCGGGAACUGGUGCUGGGGUUGCUGCAACUGCAGCGGGGAUGCUGGGGUGCGGUGCUAUGGGUGCUGCAGGGUCGAGUGCGGUGCUGAUGAGUGCACAGGUGUCCCCGCAGAUGGCUCUGCUGCAGAAGUACCAGCAGUACCAGCAGCAGCUGCUGCUGCAGCAACAGGGGAGGCAGGGGCAGGGGCAGGGUGCGAGGGGAAGUGGGCAGGAGGGGAAUGGGGGGUCUGGCAAGAGAAGUGGUCAGAGGGAGGAGUGCCGUUUGGAGGGUAGUGAGAGAGAAGAGAGGCGUGAUGUGGGUGGGAGAGGAAGGGAGGAGGCGAGGGGUGUGAGUGAGGGUGAGAGGAGAAGAGGGGAUGAUGUGGGUGGUGGUGGUGAUAAUGAUGAUGGGGGUAGCGAGGAGAAUGGAGAGGAGGAAAGGGAGGAGGACGAGGAGGAUGGAUGGACUAGGGACUUAUCCCGGAGCAGAGGCAGGAGUUGGGAGAGUGAGAGUGAGAGCGAGAGUGAGGGAGGGAGCUCAGUAAAUAGGUUAUCAAGUAGGCUAGAAGGGAGGAGGAAGAAAAGGAGGAGAAGGAGAAGGGAGGAGGAGGAAGAGGACGAGGAGGAUGAGGAUGAUGAAAACGAGGGGGAUAGCAGGGAGGUUUCGGAGAGGGAGGAGGAGAGACUAAGGAAAAAGGAGGCUGAGCUGAACGGGCAGUUGAACGGGCAGAUGAACGGGCAACUGAACGCUGCCCUGGCCCUCUCGGGAUUCAACGCCUCUUCAUUGAACGCUUCGUCCUUCAAUGCUUCUUCCUUCAAUGCCUCUUCCUUCAACAACUCUUCCUUUUCCGGUUCGCCUCUGCGCCCCUCCUCCCCUUUCCAUCCAUCCUCCCCCUUCCACCCGUCCUCCCCAUUUAACCCCCCUGGGAGCUCCCUGCUUGGCAAUCCCCCUAGUAGUUCCCUCAACGGCAAUCCUCCUACUAGUUCUAUGCUCGGUAACCCCCCCACCAGCUCUAUUAACGGUAACCCUCCCACCAGCUCUCAGCAUUUCAGUGCCUCUCACGGGGGAAACGCGGGCAGUGAUUUUGAUGCUUUUCGGGCAGCUUUUGAGGCAUCUCAGAAGAAUGCGGGCAGUGGGCCGGAACCUUUUCCGCCUCUCCACUCUCCCCAGGCUUUCCAGGCGUUUCAGUCUUUUCAGUCUCAAAGAAAUGCUUCAGACGGCGGCAAUACGGGCAGUGGCGUUCAGGGCCCGAAUGGUUUUCAGUCUAUGCAGGCGUGUCAGUCAUCCCAAAACAAUGCUUCUGACGGCAAUACAGGGAGUGGCGCCGAUGCUUUCAAGUCCUUCCAAGCUUUUCAAGCUUUCCAGGCGUCUCAGGGAUUCCAGUCGGCGCAAGGGAAAGGUUUAGAGGGGAAUGCGGGGAGUGUUGCCCCUCCUGCCGCUGCAGCUGCUUUGGGCGAGGGGCUGAGAGGGGUGAGGAUGGGUGGGGAACGGGGUGGUGCGGUAGGUGCUGGUGCUGGAGGGGAGAGGGAGGGGGGAAAGGAGGAGGAAGAGGAGGAGGAAGAGGAGGAGAGAGAGGGAGAGGAGGGAGAGGGAGAGAGGAGGAGAGGGGUGCAGGGAGGGAGGCAGGAAGGGGGGCAGGGAGGAGAGUGUGAGGAGGCAGCAGGUUGGCAGGGAGAGGAAGGUGAGGGGGCAGAGGGUUGGCAGGGGAUGCAGCUGGUCGUGCAUUCUGGGAGCAUGCCUUUAGGUUCUAGAGGAGUGGGGCGGGUUUACUCUGGCAAUGGGGGAGAGGGUGACGGGGGAGGGGAUGACGGGGGAGGGGAUGAUGAGGGAAGGGGUGAUGCGGGCGGGGGUGAUGAGGGAAGGGGUGAUGGGGCGUGCUUCUCCCAACCUCCGUCCCCCCAACCUAUCACCUACGAACCUUCCUCCGAACCUCUCUCCUCCAAACGUCCCUGUCCCGAACGUUCCUCCCCGCUCCCCUUCUCGUAG